AGAAGACCCCCGAGGGGGCUGAGGGGAGGGGGACGGUAAGGAAGGGACGGCGGCGCCGGUCCUGCUCUCCCCGCCACCCCAGCCGCCGCUUCACAUUGGGGUCCCCGCCCCCCCGGGCGGGGGGUGGCUGCUGAGCUUGGGGCCCCGGCUCAUACACACCCGGGCGAGAUGCUACGGCCCCGGGAGGGUGGCCGAGGCGGCGGCGAGGCAGGGGACCCGGCCGGCUCCGCUCGGCGCCGCCCCCGCUCCCGGCUCCCGCAUGUGUCGCUGCGGAUGGGACCCCCCUCCCUACACCUUGGGGGUCCUUCUCCCCACGCCCCGGGACGAGGCAGAAAUUCCAGCCCCUCCUCAGCGUCCUCUCACCGCGGAGCAGCUACUCAGUCAGUCCCGGCCCGCGGUAGCCGCCUCCCUGCCCCCUAGCCGCCGGCUCCGGCUCCGGCUCCGGCUCCGGCUGUGGCUCCCGCUCCGGCGUGUGCAGCCGCUGCUGCCGGCCGGGAAGGUGAGGGGGGGAGAGAAGGGUGGCCGCGGCUCCCGCUGGCCCAGGUUGGGGCGGAGGUCUUGACGGCGGCCAGUGUACGGGGGCUGGGUCUCUUGGAUGCUCCCUCGCUCUCACUCUCUCGGCGGCGGUGGCGGUAGCGCCCGGAGCUCAGCUCGCUGUCUCGCUCGCUCUGUGCGGGGCUCUCGCCUCACUCCAGAGAGAGGGGCGGGAGGAGAGCGGCGCCUACUGAUGACGCAAGUCACCUAGCAACAGCUCUCCUUCCCCCGCCCUUUUCUUUCCGCUCUGAGGCUUCCACCGCGGGCCUUUUUUUUCCCCUUCUCUUACUACCCCGCCCUGGGCGACUCUGGCGCUCCCUGAUGACGCUUGGAGGGAAGAGGAAGUCAAGGAUCCGCGAGCGGGUGGGUGCGCCUCGGGCCGCGGGACUCGCUGCUGCCGCCGCCGCGGCCGCCACCGCCUCUACGACGGCGUCAGAAGUGAGGAGAGGAAGGGGAGGAGCCCAGUCGAGCCUAAGCUGCUGCCUGAUCUUACCCCUGACCCGAGGGCGGCGGGGAGAGCCUGCUCUGUAGCGGUUUCCUGCAGGGCAGGUGGGGACUGCUCCUUUGGGAGCAAAGAGGAGGCCCAGGCCGCGCGGCCAGACUCCGGCGCGCAGCAUCCGAAGGUGAGGCAUUUCCAGACUGUCCCUGAAAAAAACGAACUGGUCGUGAGAAGUUGUCCUGCAGCCGGAUCCUAGCACCUGCUCCAGCGAGCGAGAGCCCCACCCUUUCCCGUAGCAUGGAGUGAAACCUAGUACCCGAUAACGUGUGGUCAGGCCGAGCAAAAGUGGGAUGAAUGAAUGAAUGCCUCUCUCGAGUGGCACUCGCGGAGCUCAGAGGAAAUGAUGGAAGUGCAAGCGCUUUGUAAACUGCAGUGCCUUGUAGAGAUGAGAACUGUAACACAUUCUUCCCCAUCCCUUCCUUCCCCUCCCCUUCCCGCUCCAGCCAGGAAAGGAAACUGGGACGCGGCUGGAGUAUAGUGUCGCCACUUGAGUCUUCAGUGAAAAAGGAAGCAAAUUGCCGGGGCUGGGGAGAGGAGGAUUGAAAGGUCCGGGAGACUGUUGAGGGAUUUUGUACUUUUGCAAGGGGAGAAUUUAAUAGUGUCUCACUUUUAAGAAUCAUUCUUGCUCCGGGUUAGGAACUUUUGGAGAGCUGGUCUUGGUUGUUCAUCAGUGUCCUUACCGUCAUUAAAAAAUUUUGCCCUGAGUUUCA